AUGAGCUUUGGUGGUGCAUCGAAUGCAUUGGGGCAUGGGAUCGGAGUAGUCUUAGUGUCACCGAAAGGGGAUCAUUACCCGCUCACUGCUAGAUUGAAUUUCUUCUGUACCAAUAAUAUAGCGGAAUAUGAAGCUUGCAUCAUGGGACUUCGUGCAGCUAUCGAGAGGAAAAUCAAAAUCCUAGAGGUACGCGGGGACUCGGCAUUAGUCAUUUUCCAAAUCCGUGGAGAUUGGGAAGUGAGGGAUUCGAAAUUAGUCAAGUAUCGCGAUCUCGUUGCAGAGCUGAUCAAGGAGUUCUAUGAAGUGACUUUUAACUACUUUUCACGAGAAGAGAACCAAUUGGCUGAUGCUUUGGCCACCUUGGCUUCAAUGUUCAAAGCAAACAGAGAAACUGAAAUAAUGCCUAUCCAAAUGAGCAUAUAUGAGACCCCCGCACACUGUUUUAGCAUUGAGGAGGAGUCAGAUGGACGACCAUGGUUUCAUGAUAUCUUGGAGUAUAUCAAGAAUCAAAAGUACCCCGAGCAAGCAAACGAGAAUGACAAAAGAACUCUCAGGAGAAUAGCAAUUGGAUUUGUUCUUAAUGGGGUCAUCCUAUACAAAAUAGGGAAAGAUCAAGUGCUCCUAAGGUGUGUAGAUGCUGUUGAUGCUAGAAAGAUACUUGAAGAGGUUCAUGAAGGAAUUUGUGGAACGCAUGCUAGUGGUUUCACUAUGGCCAGACAGAUUAUGAGACUUGGUUAUUUUUGGCUGACGAUAGAAACAGAUUGCAUUGGCUACGCACGAAAGUGA